GUGAAUCUCGCCUCCUUUCUAAACACCUUUGAAUCCGAUCCCCCUUUUCCCCCAAAUUACAAUAAAAAAAUAAAAACAAAUAAAUAAUCCAACACAUAAACUUAACCCCUAAGCUUCUCCCGAAUCCACAUCAUAUAUGAUAUAUUCAUAUCCCCCUGCCUCUUCAUUCACCGUCUAUAUAAACCCGUCACCGAACACAUCCUCCUCUCACCUCACAUCACAUCACAAACCCAGACAUUUCUUAGUUUCUGGAAAAUUCGAUUUUGUGAAUGGAGGAAUUGAGAAUGGUAGGAGGAGAAGAAGGAGAGGAAGAGAUUUUCUGCGGCAUAGAUUUCUAUGUUCUACCGGAAGGAUGCAUCGCGGCUGUUGUUUCCUUCACUAGUCCUCGUGAUGCGUGCCGUUUCUCUUCUAUAUCGAAGAUUUUCAAGUCUGCUGCUGAUUCUGAUGCUGUUUGGGAGAAUUUUCUGCCGUCUGAUUACCGUGAGAUUCUCGGUCGAUCCGAUGAUGGUGUUUCGCUUUUGGAUUCUCUCUCCAAAAAGGAGCUCUUCAUGCACCUCGCUGAUAAUCCUAUCCUCAUUGAUGAGGGUGCUAUGAGCUUUUCACUGGAGAAAUCAACUGGCAAAAAGUGUUUCACAAUAUCUGCCAAGAACCUGACCAUUAUUUGGGGUGAUACACCAAGAUAUUGGACAUGGCAUUCUGAACCCGUGUCAAGGUUUUCUGAAGUAGCAGAGCUCGUUACCGUCUGCUGGCUUGAAAUAAAAGGGAAAAUGAAAACCUCCCUGUUAUCUCCAAACACAGAGUAUGCAGCUUACCUUGUCUUCACAAUGGGAAGAGGAGCGUACGGGUUUUACUCCCCGGCCGAGGUUACACUCCAAACUUCUGGAGGCAAAGUGGAAACAGAGAAUGUUAAUUGGGAGUCACCACACAGGUUCCAAAUUGUACCAAGGCGUAGUAGUGCUUUCAACCAGCUCAGGGCUCCUAUGUCAAGGACGCAGCCGGCUGAGACAGAAGACGAGACAAAGCUUCCGAAGAAACGAGCAGACGGGUGGCUCGAGAUCAAAAUCGGAGAAUUCUCAACUCGGAGGGAUGAUGAAGAUGGAGAAGUGGAGAUGGCAGUGUUGGAUGUCAAGGGUGGGAAUUGGAAAGGUGGGUUGAUUGUUGAAGGGAUUGAGAUUAGACCAAAAAUUGUCAAUGAGUAAAAAAUGUAUCAAUUAGUUCUGUAUUUCGAUCUGCUCACCCCUUAUGGAAUUUGUUGAGAGGAAAGAUAUUUGGUUGGCGUUUCUGUUGUUAUUCAGCAGCCGUAUCCCCUUUUUUUUUUUUUUUGUGUAUCAUUAGGUUCUUGAAUAAGAGAUGUUUUAUUGAAGAAUGUUAGCAGUGUAUAUUCUAGUGAUCAAAGAGUACUUUGGAAUGGUAGUCUUCAA